AUGAGAACUAUUAAACCCGUCAAAGCCAGAGUUCUCGGCGUUCAGUCAAAGCCUGUUGCUGUCGCUACAGCGGAGUAUGUUAAUAACCACAACAAAAUAGCCGUUAGUUAUAGUACGAGUGUGUCUCAGUCGGUAGAGGAGACAGUCGAACAUACUUGGAGUAAGGGGGGUGAUCUGACCGUGGGACAAGAUAUCACCUACAGUGUUAAUUUUGGAGCGGGAAGCGCGGGUGGUACUAGCUCAAUAGCUUAUACUUCAUCUUGGGGAGAAGAUACUACUGAAUCCAGAACUGUCACACUUGGAACUACUUCCAGUGUACAAACCACUAUACCUCCAGGAGGGAAGGUUGUGGCAGUACUUUCGGCAUCACAAGGUACAUUGGAAGUCGAAGUAGACUACGAGGCAACAUUAAAUAAUGGAGACGUAUUUUGUAAUUAUGCCGCCACGUAUAAGAAUCAUCACUUUUAUGCUUUUCCUUUAAGAAGACUGCAAAAUUUACAAAAUUUGACCAAGACAGUGCGUACAACUGAAAAGAUAUCCGUUGGUUUUUACUCGAGUGCUAGAAUUGAAGUGAAUAAUGGCACGACUGAAGAAGAAAUUCAAGAGGCGCCCGCUGGAAUUAUCAAGGUAGGCCCGCAGAAGGAAGUUUAG